UAUAAACAUGCAUACCUAACCAACAUAUCGUAUACCGAGCUACGUGCGAGUCAACUUAUUGUAGAUGUGUGAAUUAAGUGAAUUAAGUGUAACUUUAUAAUUGUAAAUUACAAUGUGGUACUUGGUUAAUGAACAAGGUGUCCGCAUAUAUUUAAAACCAAAUCAAGAGACGUUAAUUGGCAGGAAAAAAGCUGACAUUCUUUUGCCAAAUGAUAAAUCAAUCAGCAAGGAACAUGCCUCAAUCAGCGUUACAAAAGUAGAGGAGAUAAGGAGUAAUGAACCGACAUCUAUAUGUAAACUAAAAGAUUUAAAGUCAAAAUAUGGUACUUUUAUCGUUCACGAACGUGACAUAAUACAACUAACUGAAACUGAAUGUAUUUUAAAACACCAAGAUACAAUAAGAUUUGGUUUACAGAACCAUGUAUUCAAGGUGAUAAAUGUGCCUAUAAUAACAACAGUAUCUACUUUAUGUGAUGACGAGAUAGAAAGAUUAAAACAGUUGAUGGAAGAAAUUGAUGGUGUAAUAAUUACUGACAGCGAUUGGAGAAGGGCAUCCACUUAUUUAACAGUGGGAAAUGCUAUCUUAACACUAAAGCUUGCCUCUGCUAUGGCUUCUGCUCUACCAAUAGUAACAAUGAAAUAUUGGGACAAAGUUAAAUCUGCAAUAGAUAAUGGUCAGCAACUUCCAGAUGCAAAUAAUUUUGUUCCAUCAAUUAGUGAACCAUUAAUCGCUAAAAGAAAGGUAUUGAUUUCUCCAAACAAGAAAAGAACGACAUUAUUUGAAAAUUUAACAUUUAUACAUUUUAGUACAACUCAGUAUAGGAAAUAUAAAAAAAUCAUUAGAAUAGCAGGUGGAAUAUCAAAAUUAUUUGAAAGAGCAGACCUAACAACUACAGAAUUUUGUAACCCAAACGUAAUUGUAUUACAAUAUCCAGACAAUGAUUCUACACAGAUCACAGAAAAUAUUUUCUGUAUAUAUCAUUCAAUACAACAAGCAUUGAAAGCAAAUAAUUAUAGAAUGAUAGCUGAAGUUGAAAUUUGUCUUGCAAUAUUGCAUUGUUCAACAGAAAAAUAUUGCAAUCCUAUGUAUAAAUUCGCAAAGCUUUUAAAAAGAUCAGAACGAAAGGAUGAUUCAUGUGAGAUUUUAAAUCUUGAUACGCAAGAUGAAACAGCUAAAGUGUCAGGAUUACCAACUUCUUCCUUUUCGAUAUCGACACCUGUAAGACACCGUAUUAUUCCUGAAACAUUGGAUAUCAGUCAAGAACCAUUUCCAAAUGUAAGUGGUGUUGUCAUAAAACCUACAGAAGAGCAAAAAUAUAAUAAAAUACGAUGCAUAAGAGAAACUCCUAAUGAUACUUUAGCAACAGAAAAUGUGCAAGUUACACGAUCAAGAGUAAUUUCCAACGUUUCGGCAACGACAUCCGUGAAAAUAAGACAACGUGUUAUUCCUGAAACAUUGAGUAGCAUCAGUAGUCAAGAAUCACAAUCAGAUAUACAGUAUAUUUUCACACAACCUACAGGAAAGCAAAGAUAUAAUGAAAUACAGUGCAUAAAAGAAACUCCUAAUGAUGCUUCAGCAACAGUGAAAGAUGUGCAAGUUACACAACCAGAAGAAAUUUCCAAUCUUUCGAAAACAACAUCCAUGAAAAUAAGACAACGUGUUAUUCCUGAAACAUUGAGCACCAUUAAUAGCCAAGAAUUACAAUCAAAUGUAAAUUUUGAUGGUACACAACCUACGAAAAAACAAAAAUGUAAUAAAUUACAAUACAUAGAUGAAACUCCUAAUGAUGCUUCAGCAACAAUGGCAAGUAUGCAAGAUACACCAUCUAAUGAAAACACUUCGACUUUUCCUAACAUGUUAUCACAAAUCAUUCGAUAUUCUAAACAUGAUAAUCAGAAUUUACACAAACACGGUAAUAUAUUGGAUAAGAGAAAAUCAGAGGAAGUAAUAAUCUUAAGUGAUGAUGAAAUGGAACUAAAAUCAGUAGAGGGAAAUAAAAAUAAUAACACGAAUUCUAAUAAAGAUUUCAUACAUAAUGCAUCGAAUAAUAUAUUUAAAACAAGUAAUUCAAGAGAUGAAAAUAAGCAAAUACAACAAACAGCUCGAUUAACUGAUAAUCGUAUAGCUGCCGCAAAUUUAAAAGAAAUGUGUGAAGUCGAUGAAAAAAUAGAAUUAAAAAAUAUGCGCCCUGUAACAUUACAAGUAGAAAAAAAGCAUAAUAAAAAAAUGACAUGUUCAGAGAAUUCAAUUACACCACAUACAACAGAACCACUAAAUACAUCUGAAGAUCCUCCUAUAUAUUCUGUGAUAAAAGAAAACAGGAAACAUGAAGCACAAAAUGUUAUAAGUUCCACAUUAAAAAGUAAUUCAUCACUUCGAGCUAAUCCUAAUUUCAAAAUGUUCAAAAAGGUUCCUGCUAUAAUUCCUCAGAAAAGGAUAAAAGUCGAUAAUAUGUAUGUAUGGAACAAGUAUAAUAUAACAAAUGAGAAUUUAUAUUAAGAUGUAAAAAUUGUAUUAAACUUCGAAAUAAUAUUUUUAUGUUUUAGAAAAUAUUAUUUUCCUAAUUAGAAUUGUAAAGAAAGUGUAAUUUCUAUAUUAAUUUAAUUUAUAUUAUUUCUUUUUUUAUAAUAUAUUAUUAUUUAAAAUAAUUUCAUGAGUGCCUUAAACAUUAAGAAUUAGUGUAUUUAAGAUACGACUGUGUAAAUACUAUAUAUGUAUAUAUAUAGUAUGUUGAAAAUCAAAUAUAUUAUGUUUUUAUAUUUUAAUAAGAAAACCGGUUUUAUAAUAAUAGUAUGUACAUCAUUAUUCAUUUAAAUCUAACAUACAUCAUCUAGGAUCUACAUGAGAACGCCAAUAGCGUAAGAUUACAACACACGUCACAUAUAUGCAUUGCACUCUCACUACUACAGUUAUGUGCCGAUGUAGAGUUAUAUAAAUGAUAGGAGAUGUAUGUAUGUAUGUACUUACAUAGCUUGAAUUGCAGCCAUAGAACUUGAAGUUUGAUCACAGAUAAAAAUUACAUUUAUCAAUCGACAUCUUUCUCACUAAAUCUCACAGCACUUAAAGCACAGAAUUAUUCGAUGUAACAACAUCUAACGCUCUUUCGCGAUCAAAAAUAAUUAGUGAACUCGGAAGGAGUAUACUUUACUUGUCUCUAAUUGUAAGCAAAGAACCUAUAACUAGCUAACUAAAUACAUACAUUUAUAUCUACAAUUUUUUAAAAAACUGUAAUGUCUAAAAAUUUAAAAUUGUCUAUAUAAAUAUUAAAAAAAGAAUGAAAGACCACGUCACUUUCGUGAAACUAGUGAAACU